AUGGCUGAGAAAUAUGGAAUAUCAGAAAACCAAUAUAAACUCAUACAAAUGCAAGCCGAAAGGCGUGCAGAGUUGAGGAAAGAGUUUCUGAAACAGAGAACCAAUCCGUGGAAAAAUGCUUCAGAGGCGGGCUAUGUUUUCGACUCGGCCCAUCAGAGAUUCAUAUCCAUGAAAGUUACUCAGCUCGACCAUUUUCAAGCCAAUAAGAGAACUGCUUUGUUUGGAUUCUUUUCCAUAGUAGUCCCAAUGUUUGCGUACGGAUACUUGAUCAAGAAUCACCGCGACAAUAGGGAACGCCAGAUCAGAUCGGGAGAGCUUCGUUACAGGGACAGGGAAUUCAAACUUUGCUAA